AUGGCUGCCACUCUCUGUCAGGUGAUGGGUUUAGUCCUGAGUUUGUUAGGGUUAGCUGGGAUUAUUGCUGCGACCGGGAUGGACCAGUGGGCCACUGAGGACCUCUACGACAACCCUGUGACUGCCGUCUUCGCAUAUUUUGGCCUCUGGAGGUCCUGUGUCCGCGAAAGCUCUGGCUUCACAGAGUGCCGUCCAUACUUCACCAUUCUGGGACUGCCAGCUUUGCUUCAAGCCGUGCGGGCCUUGAUGAUUGUGGGUAUCAUUCUUGGAGCCAUCGGCUUUCUCAUUGCCAUAUUUGCACUGAAGUGUUUGAAAAUGGGCAACAUGGAGGACAACAUGAAGGCUACCAUGACUCUGACAUCUGGGAUCAUGUUGCUUGUCGCAGGUGUCUGCGGCAUCGCUGGAGUGUCAGCCUUUGCUAACUUGAUUGUGCAAAGUUUUCGGUUCACCACAUAUGCAGACGGUGGAUUCAGUAUGUUUGGAGGGGGCGGCAUGGGUGGACUCACAGGAGCCAUGGCUCCAAGGUACACUUUUGGCCCUGCCCUUUUUGUCGGUUGGAUUGGAGCAGCUAUCUUGUUCAUUGGAGGGGUUAUGAUGUGUGUGGCCUGCCGUGGAAUGGUUCCCGAGAAACACCAACGGUAUGAUGGGGCGACCUACAAGCCUGCCUCUCACCACACUAUCUACAGGACUGACCCAAGACCCCGGCAAACCUACAAUGACUCUUACAAAGCCCAGAGUAUGGACGGACGGCAGUCGAACCAGAGAUUUGACUAUGUGUAG